CCAACCCACUCCCUCCUCCGCUCGAUACCGCCUCUUAGCGCUCCUCUCCUGUCCUCUUGGAUCAUCCUCACCAGCCAUGGCUCGCGAGGCUCGAACAGUAGUCAUCGCCCAUGGAUCCCACACCAUCCGAGCUGGCUUCGGUAUCCACGAGCCCCUCCGGCUACCCUCCGUCGAGCUCUCCGCGCAGGUUGGACUGAGGAGCUCACACAUCCAGGCUCUCCGCGCUCACAAUGCUAAAAUCGCUUCUUUGAAUGGCAGUAGCGCUGAUGUAACGGAUGGAUCAGAUCCGUACUUGUCUCCGGUGAAACCUUCUGACUAUCUCGUGGGUCACUUCUUGGAGGACGCGCUGCAGCAUCCAGAGGGGUAUCAGGACGACCCCGUUCACGCGUUCUGGCCUAUGGUGGGAGGAAAGAUCAGGGAUUGGGGCGGUAUGCAGGCGAUAUGGUACCACCUCCUCUUCUUCUCUCUCCCCGUCAUCCGCUCUACGAACCAGUCCGUGACCCUCCUCUCGCUGCCACCUCAAGCAAUCGACCGCAACACUUCGGCGCAAAUCCACAAGAUCUUCUUCGAAGAGCUCAACUGUCCCGCCCUCUGUGUAGUGGACUCUUCGCUCGUGUCGACCUUCGCAGUGGGACAGCUGGGAGCCUGCGUGGUGGAUGUGGGAUGGAGCGGCAGCAGCGCUGCGUGCGUAUUGGAUGCACUGCCUGUGCUGGGCAGCAAUGUCAGAUGUGAAGUGGGACUGAGAGAAUGUAUCGCCUACCUGGCCUUCCAGCUAGGACAGGACAGGCGGCUCGUUCAAACCCUCCUGACCACCCCGGAAGGAGCGGCGUCUACAUCUGCCGCCUCUAGUUCAGACAAGGAGACACAGCUGCUCCUUGCACUCGCAGAGGAGCUCUUCAAGCAGGGUGAGGUGUCUCUGGGAGAAGGCGAUGACGGACUGCAAGCCACCAAUGCCAAUGUCGAUGAUGAGGGCAACUUCGACGUGCUGGGAGCCUUGACUAGUGGAAAGGAGAAAGAGGCAAUUGCCGCACAGGAAAAGAAGAACAGGGCUCUGAUCGAAGAAGGCAAGGAGCCUGAGAAGAUUCAAAUGCCUGCCGAGAUCGCUGCAAAUGGCAACACGAGCGCAGGGGCAAGCGACGUAAAUGGCUUCCUCACCUUCCAGUUCCGAGAGACCCCUCUCAGGAUACCUAAAUCUCCCCUGGACAAGGCUGUCACACCUCUGACGGAACCAAGCGUACUUGCUUCCGUGGACAGCCGCUUCCUGACUCUCGCCUCGCCGCCUAGUCUCUCCAGCGAAGAUUCGAUACCCUCUGCUCCUGCUCAGGUGGACUGGGCCUCGAUUCCCUCCCUCCCCGAGGUCAUCUCCUCUUCCAUCAACUCCAUUCUCGAGGCAGAGCGACGUGCUCCCCUAUGGGAGCUCCUCGUCAUCACCGGCCAGCCAACACGGGUACUGCGCGGCUUGACGACCUACAUCGUUUCAUCCCUGUCUAAGUUUAUUGCCUCUAGCUCCGCUGCUAAUGGCAAUGGAGGCGCAGGUGGAAUGAUGGCAGCCAAUGGUGGAGGUAUAGGAGGAGUGGACGAUGUGGGUGCGGGAUUGGCAUUUAAUGGACAGCAGGUGAGCAAUGCUCGGGCACUCAAGACGCCAGACUACUUUGUCGAGUUCAAGGACCGGACGGACCUUGCGCCUUUCCUCGGAGCUACCAUCUACGCCAAGCUGGUCUUUGCAGACUCGCAGGCCAAGGGCUACACGCUCAAGUCGGCCUACAUCGAGCGAGGCCCCACAGUCGCCUUCCAGGUGUUGCCGAGCGACAAGUAAUGGAGUCACACAGCAAUGUAGAGUUAGGUACCGUCUGUAUGGGUGUCGCAAUCAAUACCACAUUCCUUGCCAGUGA